UUAAACAUCAUUCAUGUUUUUGCUGGUUAUAAUAUCAUUCACUGAUCAAACCCAUGGAGACAAGUCUAUUUCUUAGCCUUCAUUGCCCCCUCUCCAUUGGGCAAACAUCACAAUGAUACCGGAGGAAGUGUUGCGCUAGUACCUUAGUGCAUGAAUUAAAUCUACUGAUUUAUGACCACUGACCAGUGAUGAAAACUGUGUGUCGGCAAUCAGCACACUCAAAAUGACUUCAUGUGUUACUGGUGAUAGAAAAUUACUUAAGAUCUGUUUAUUAUUUUUGUGGCAGUCGUAGUUGCUUUCAAAUUUUUAUCGUAUUCUUUCUUGUACUCUAGUCAUGUCCACUCUCGAUGGAGCAAUGGUUUUUAGUUUCUUUCAUAUCGGAUCAUAAUGAACUAUAAUUAAAUGGUUCUAAAAUCAUUUGCACCUCUUAUUUUAUGUGAAGUUAUUGGUGAUGAUUGCAAUCAAGGGUCAGCUGAAAAUAACCUUUGUUAUUAUAAUGAGGUUGCGUACAUUCGACUUUGAAAUACUGCCUAGUUGGGAGCCAGCUCACAUUGGGAUAUUUCCAUGUUCUAAUCCUCGCACUUUUGUCAUUUUGAAAGUUGCUUGGAAGCUUUGGCAAUUCUGUUGUAGUCUGUGAGGUGCUUGUACUAAGAAUAAAUUGGUCUGUAAGAGUUAAAACUGGUGCAGAAUACUUUAAUUUCUCCAGUUUUUACUAUGUGUCAACAUGAUUGCCUCCCAUAAGAGGCAUAUAUGCCUUUUAGCAGAUAUUCUUUGUUUUUACACUUGCUGCUCCCUACUAGCUAUUGUACAAUAAUUGGAUAAAAUCCUGUAUAACACGCAAUGCUUCCACAAAAUCACAAUUUUCUGCACAUUAAUACGUUAUCUACCUUUGCAUGCUAUAUUUUUGGGUUCGUGAGGAUUUUAAUGAUAUGAAAGGAUUCCUUUCAAUGUUGGUUACAAUCUUUUUAUUUGUCUUGCCUUGAUUGUUAUUCAUGUCCUAGACUAUUCUUGGGUUAUUUUUGUAUGAUUAUUGUUUGUGUCUUUAUGAUUAUUUAUAUUUCUUUUGUUUAUGUUAUUGGUUUUUAUAACUUGUUUUGUCAUGUCUUGUCUUGUUAUUUGUCUUGCCUAUGCUGUUACAUGAUUUGGGUUUUUUGUUUUUGUUUGCAAGUCAUCCUCGAGCCUAGGGGUUCACUUGCUGAAACUUCCUUUUCUCACUUGAUAAGCGUAUGGUCUUCGCAGGCUACCCUCUCCAAACCCUCAUCAUAGUCUCUAUGUGCGAGAUAUACUGAAUACGGUGAUAACGAUGAUGAUGCUUGAUAAUUCUAACUCUUUGCUUCUGGAGUUGUGGUCAUCCUUGAUCAAUUCCCGGUACUAUAUGGUAAUGAGAUUCAGUCAUACAGGCAACUUGACAACAUUAUUCAACAGCAAGUGUAUGCUUACAAUCACCUUACUAGUAAAAGUCAUGACUCUAUGACCCACUCAAUGUCCUUUACUGCGAUCUUCGCAGCCUGGCAACUACCACCUACAGUGAAUGAGGUAAACACAUUCAUUUAUUCUUGGACUCAAAUAACAUCAUACUCAGAGUUAGAUUCAGCCAUAAUGUUCUAUUAUUUAAACGCCAUUAAGUUCCUUCUAGGUGAGAUUUGAAGGUCCAAAUACAUGAAUUACACUUGUAAUAUCAAAAAUAGUCUCUGACUAACCCUUGAUUAUAUGGAAAAAAUAUUAUAACUAAAAUCUAAAAAUAGGCUAGUACUGGAAUUAAAUGUGUUGUAGUGCUGCUCCAGCUAUGAUGAGAAUGAAUAGUUGGGAAAAUCAUUCAUGAUUGGGCAUAUGAUAACAGUUGCUUAUUUAAUGAAACGUUUCCCAACUGUUAACCCUCUUAUCAUUAAAUAUAGAUAACCGUAGCCCCCAUGUUAUAAAUUUUUGUAUCAAAUGGUGGUGAAAAAUGAGAGGACGUGCAGGCUGUAAAUGGAAGGUCUUGUACUGCUUUGGAAUAAUGCAUAUAUAUAUAAUAUAUGUAUAUAUAUAUGCUCUAGUUUUUAACUUAAUUGCUUGAUGUGAAUUGUGAAUUGAUAAAAAACGCCUUUCUAUAUUUAGAUAACUAACAGGGAAUGAUGUAUUAAAAGCAUGUAAAAAACAAAUUGUAGGAAUCAAGUCAAGGGUACCAUUGACGCCCUCCUCUCUUUUUCUAAAGGUUCAAUGUAGUUUUUUUAUUAGUCCCUCUGACCUAUGAAAAAGCACUAUAUAACUCAAAAAAUUCUCAUAUAUUUUAGUCAUAUGAUACUUUUUCAUAAGGAAUGAGGGAGUAUAUGUUUCUUCUUUUGACAGCCCCCCCUCCCUUUUUUAUAGGUUCUAUGUUGUUUUUUUUUGGUAUAAGUUUCUUCUUUUUUCUAAAGGUUUUGUGUUGUUUUUUUAGAAUAUGUUUCUUCUUUUUAGGUGAGACUUAAUAUGUAAAAAGCUCUUAGAAACUAAACAUCUCACCUUUCACUUAGUAUGCAAAAAUCCCACCUAGGAAAGCUUUUUGGGAAUAUGUUGCAAAUUCUACCGGACUAACUAUUGAAGGAGUAUUUUAAAUGUAGUGUUAUUGUGAUUUUAGCCACUUUUUGCCUAAAGCGAGUUGUUCCUUUUUAUAUUAGUAAAUAUUAAGUCAUUAGCUUUGUUGCCCUUAUCCUGCUUCAAAUUUCCGAGUUUAUCAAUCAAUGAAUGUAUCGACUAGUCUAACUUCAACAAUUUUGUUGCAUUUAGGGGUGGUGCUUGAUGGACAAUUAGUUUGUAAAUGAAUUACAAACCACUAAAUGACCUAGUCAAAAACUCAAAAUCAAUUAAAUCUGUCAUAGGAAGUUCAAAUACGGCGCACCUUGAAAUAGAUAGAACAAAACUUAGCUUGGAUGAUGCUAAAGAUUUUAGCAACUGUCGUGAAUACAGACACACACAAGUGAAGAAGAUGAAAAGAGGAGAGAAAAACAGAGUCGACACAAAUACACACACUAACAAUGUUAAUAAAAAAUAACACAAAGUAGCCUCCUCCAAUUUAAAAGAUUUAUUUAACUUGAUGUUAAUUCCACAAUUACAUUAAGUUUACACACUCUCAAACUCACUCUUUAGAGUUUGGUUUACACUCCUAUAGAGUUUACUCACAAUACAAGCACAAUUUCUCUCACAAAGGUUCUAACAACAUAGAACAAAAAGAUGCUUGCACUCAACAUCCUAGUCCUUCCGACUUUUGAACCGUCUUUUGUAAACCCAAGAGGUCAGAGAGAGCUUAAAUUAGAAUUCUGUAAUAUACUCACUACUAGCUAAUAUGGUUUUGAUAGCUUUGCUUGACCGAGCAACUCAUCUGCUCAGUUGAACAUACCAUCUGAAAGCCUACUGCUUGCUUGAUGCUACUUGGCUUGUUCAUCAAGUAGCCUAAGGCUUACUUGAGCGCAUUUUCUUCACCCUUAUUUGCAUCAAACUCUUGGCAUAUGUGAGCCUUUGCUUACUCAUCAAUACCCUCAUCAAUGCAAGCCAUUGCUUGCACAACAAGUGCUUAAACACGUCAUCUCCAAUUGAUGAUUUGGUUCUUGACUCAACAACAACUUUUAGGACUAGAUUUAUUUUGGGUGCUUAGCUUUUUUAAGAAAAGUAAUAUUGUGUGGUGUUUGUAUUUUAUAUCAUUAUAUUCGAAAUAUAUUUUAAAACUUGUCUUUAAAUUGUAAUUUAUUAUGUGUUGUAACUAAUUAUGUUAACUUCUUAUGAUAUGAAUAUUAACUUAUACAAAUUCAAAAUGUCUGUAUAAUGUUCAAGUAUCUUGCGAUUGUGAUGAUCUAAUGCGGUAGUUGAGGUAAACAAAGAGUUAGAACAACACAGAUACUGAUUGUUCGAAUGCCUUUGCUCCUUUAUAAUUGGUUGAGGUACGUAUUUUUAAUAGCUUGCGAGAACGUUAGCCAUCAUGCUAUUGUGUCCUUUUAAAUUUGUUAUAUUACGCUGAUUGUAAUGUAACAAAUUCAAAGAGAUAAAUGAAAUAAUCCAUAACAAAUCAUGUUGGAUACGGGAAUUGAAGAUGGAUGUUUUCACAUUAACCCAAUUGAAAAGGAAGGAAAGGAGAAAGGUAUUUGACAACUAAUUAAUUCAUAGUGGUUUACUUAAAGAGAAUAUGGAUUAUUGUUGAGAUUAUGGUUCUUAACUCCUCAUUUAACCCAUUACCUACCCCUUCCACCGCUUUCCCUAAAAGAAAAAAUGCUUGAAAAGUAGCUUACCUUAGAUACUGAAUAUUUGUGUCAUGCUAUGAUGAACAAUUGACAAUAAGGUGUUUUCUGUUUUGCCAACUGAGUGGUGUGAAUCAUAUCAUUUUUAAGUGGGUCCCAUUAAUGUAUAUAGUAGUAAUACUUUCCUGUUGAUUGCACUGAAGGAAAUACAAAAUCACUCUUUGUGGACUUUUGAAAAGUAGAAAAUCUUAUCUUGUGUUGCAUUGAGUUUCUUACUGAAAGUCACAAGGAAAAACGUUAUUUUUAGUAGAAGAUUUAAAGAGACAAAUUGUGUAUGUUAUCAGUAUUUUUCAUUUAUUUUUAAUAUUUAGUGUUGAUCCUCGAUAUAAUCAUAUUAGUCUAAUACUCUGAUAUUUUAUUUUGUGGCCAGAAUUAUGAAAAACUAUUACAAGUAUUUAAGUCAAAUUUAAGUAUCCGAAUCUAAAUAACAGAAUAAAUUCUAAUAUAUAAAAAAUAGGAAUAAUAUCAGAUGUGGGGAGUGGAGACCAAACUGUCUUUAUCUUAUGUUUAGUGUCAUUUUAGAUAGUCAUCCAUAACACUAAUAAUUUCCCAACCACACUUGCCGAGGCACUGAUAAAAUUUAAAUUAAGUGAUAUGGAUCUUUAUUUAUUUGUUUUUAUUUAAUUGAUAGGGUUGAAAUUUUUUGCGUAUUACGUGGCAUAGUUUCACACUUCUAGGAGAGAUAGCACGGCACAGCCUGUUACUGGUUGCGACCUUAUGCCAGACAUAUGACCCACUUCGGCAGAAACCACAACAAUGCAACACAACACAAAUUCCAAGUUUAUGUAAUAAACUCUUCCUUCGUUCUGAAGUACUUGUAACUGAUAGUGAUAUGUUUAAUAGAAAAAUAUUAUUGUCCGUGGCAAGUAUAAUGAAACAGAAAAAGUAUAUUACUGGAGAAUGAAAAUAAAUUGAAUACUUGUUACAAUUAUCAGCCUGAUAAAAUCUUUGUGAAAUGAAUCUAGUUCAGUUUUCUCUUUUCUUGCACGGGAAGAACUCCUAUUGAUCCUUCAGAUUGAAUUCAAAAUAGGCUCUGAUUUCUAGGAUUGAGCUAUAAGAUCCAAUCUUUAAAUUGCUCUCUCUACUUGUGCAAUUUUUUUUAAAGCCAUAGACAAAAAAAAAAUCAAAUUGUCCACAACAUUUAAUGCUUUUAUAAUUUCUCCACACUGUUCCCUUCUUAUUGCCAUCUGUCAUGGGUCACUUGGCUCAGCUUUGUUCCCACACUUAUAAAGUAGCAAGCCCCAUCGAGCAUUGAUCACCCCCACUAACAAAAAGCUCAAGAGUGUUAUGCCUCUGACCUUAUUUCCUGUCCUUUUUACCUUUGUUUUCUUUUCCUGAUAUUAUUAACAAUGGCUAAAACUCACAGAAAAAUAAGCUUAUUUUCCAUUCUAGUUUUUCUACUUGUAACGUUGUGUUAUGGUGACAUAAAUCAAGAUAAACAAGAGUGUGCAAGUCAAUUAGUUGGGCUUGCAACUUGUCUCCCUUAUGUUAGUGGUCAGGCCAAAGCUCCUACACCAGAUUGUUGCGCUGGUUUCAAACAAGUUCUUAAAGAGAGCAGGAAAUGUGUUUGUAUUCUGGUUAAGGAUCGUGAUGAUCCUAGCCUUGGCUUGAAGAUCAAUGCUACCUUAGCUCUUACUCUCCCUGCAACUUGUCAUUCACCUGCUAGCGUUAAUGAUUGCCCAGCUCUUCUACACUUGGCACCCAAUUCUCCAGAGGCUAAGGUGUUCACCGAUGUUGCUAAAGCUCUUGCUCCAGCCAGCAGCACUACAGCCACUUCAACUGUUAAGCCUACUAGUGACGGCGGAGGAGGAGGGGCCAGCGCGAAGGAAACUGCUGCGAAAAACAGUGCACCAGGCAAGAGAAGAUUAAUUGCUCAAAUGCUUUAUGGAGUCUUGCUUUGGUGUUUUGUUUCACACCUAGUAUUUUAGCAUGAUCUAGUCUUUGCACUCAUUAUGUUGUGUCCCCCAUGGGACUUGAAGAUUUAUCUUACUGUAUUAUGUACUUAAUCUUAUGAAUAUGUCUUGUUUCCAAAAGGAUCUGAGUUAUAAUAAUUUAUAGUCACAGCCUCACAACUCACGCACAGGUUACUAAAGUCUUAAUCUUUUGUAAAAGAAUACUACCAUUUUAUCUUUUGUUAGUUUUGAAUCUUGAUCAAGAAAUGCUCUUGAUUGUUUUAAGAGGCAAACAAGUAGCUUGUGAUUCGA